GAUUCCACAGGAGCCUACCUGGGGGAGGGGGUAUACACACGCUGCGCGCACCCCAUUCCCCCCCCCCCCUUGACCAUGUUGGUCAAGGGGGUGGGGGCUGUCGUUUUUCUAAAUAGUCUAAUAGAGCCUGGGGCGCGCACGCGGGAGACCUGUGAUAUUCUAAAACGACAGGGACUAGGCUCCAUUUCCAAGAUGGUUGCCAGCAAAAUUGUAGUAAACACGAAUUCCUGCAAGUUUACAAAUUCUCGACUUACAAAGUUCCAGAGCGAUAAAAGAGCAAAAAAUUGAUUGAAGCGGGACUCCCAUAUAUGGUAUGUAGUGCCUAAUAAGGAAAUGACCGAGCGAGCUAGAAAAACAACAGUUUUUAAAACAACAUUGACUGAUAUGCAAAAGUGGGUCAUUCGUACAGGGGGGGGUGUCAUUUAUUAUCGCAACCUCCCGCAUCUAGCAAAUCCUGUGUACUCGACUGAUCAAUUUCUUUGAGGUUGCGCGGCCGUAUAGCACCUUGAUAAAUGAAAAUGCUUUCCCAAUAGAUUUUAGAUUGUAAUUGCAAAGAGUAAGCUGUGAUGCGCAACAACCAAGAAUAAUUUCCACUUAAGACUUCAUAAUUUGUUCUUUUGUACGUCAAUAUAUGUUUAAACAUCGGUAAAAGAAAAUGAUCACUGCCACUCGACCAAUCAGCGCCCUCCAUAUGAGCCCCCUUAAUCUAAUAGUAAUUAUGGUGUCAAGCGGCGAGGGCAUUGAACAAUAGGGAAUUAGUGGGGGAUAUAGUUAGUAAUUAGUGUUAAAUUGUAACUCUGUUUUCAUUGUUUUCCUCCACACGCAGGUUUUUGUUAAUUCGUGCCCUAAAUCCCAUAGAACACUCAACUACCAGAAAGAUGGCUAAAAUACCGGGGUAUCAUAAAUACUCGUUUUUACACCGUAGCAUUAUUUAAUUUUAGGGUCUUGAGGGGGUGGGGGCACCCGGAAAAUUCAGACUCAAGCUAUUAUGUAACGCCCCUCUGUCACAGAGUAAAAAAAAAAAAACAAUUCCGGUAGGUUUUUCGUAAAAACGUCACCAAGUUGGUAAAUUUUUUACCCGGUAGAUGGAGCUGGAGCUGGAGAAGGAGCUUUUUUAAAUGUUUAUUUUUGUACUGGGGCAAAUUUUUCCACCAGGACAGGGUGUACCAGGGAGAGUGAAAAUUCUGAAGGUACCGAACUUCAAAAGGCUAAUUGUUGCAAGAGUGUCAACAAAACGAAACGAAACUCUGCGUGUUAACCAUUAAUUACACGCAACCUCGAAAUACUUUUUUUUUAUAAGAACGUCUAAUAUUCAGUGGAGGCUGUGCCGUUCUUAUUUUUGGAGCAUUUUAAUGCUGAAUAUGUUCUUAACGAUGUUCUUAAAUUUAAGUGUAGAUAAGAAUAUAAUAUCCGAUGAAUUAUUAGGAAGAAAAUUACACUAAUGAUCAAUAGCAAUAAUAUAUAAGGUUGUUAAUAUGAACACAAUUUGAUUCUGCCAUUUAGAACGCGCACCAGGACACUAAAAAAAACAAUAUUUUUCUGCUAUCUGAGGGUCGGCAUGUUCUAAGCAUUUUCUUGAAAUUUGGUAAAAUCUCAGGCUAGACAUUCUUAUAAAAAAGGUUUUUAAUCAAAUGAUCUUGCACCUCAAUUUCUUUGAGGUCGAGGGCGUAUAGCACCUUGAUAAAUGAAAUUGUUUUCCCAAUAGAUUUUAGAUUUUAAUUGCAAAGAGUAAGCUAUGAUGCGCAACAACCAAGACUAAUUUCAUCUUAAGACUUCAUAAUUUGUUCUUUUGUACGUCAAUAUAUGUUUAAACAUCGGUAAUAAAAAACGAACUUCAAAAGUAUCAGAUACACAUAUUCCUAUGCCGUGCUUAGUGCUUACUUUUUUCAGUGAAUAUGUAUUCACUGAAGGAUUUUUAUUUUCUUCGUUGCUCUCUGGCAUGACGGUUGCAGCCAUCUCUGUUUUUUUGCCGUUUAGUUUUCCACCCCAAAAAGUCACGUGCUUUUUUACCUAGGCCUAUUAGAAUUACAAAUAAUCUUUUGAAGGUGUUCCGAUGAAAAGACUAUUGACUUUCAAUUCCACUUUUUGUACUUUAGUAUGCACACAUGCAACUCAUUGACAUUUGUUGGUAAGCCCUUAGUUGGCUGGCGGCUUUGUGACUUGCUUUCUUGGCCUAGGACAUAAACGUCUGAAAAAUCCCUCGAGAGAAAUUAAGAAACGAGAAUAAAACGCGGAAAGCAAAUAGCACAAGGAGAAGAGAAAGAGAGACGAUAGAUAAAAGAAGAACACGGAAAACUUGUCCUUGGAUUCUUGUCGUAGGCUGGAAGACCAGGUGGUGAAUGUGUUGGCGAGUGUGAAGAAGAAAGGUAAAUAGGACUUGUGACGAAAACUCAAGACGAAGAAGACGAAAGGAAGAAAAGGAAACUUUUGAGAAGGUUUUAUAAAUCUUCUUUUAUGUGAAGUCGAUUUUCAUUUGUAGAAAGAGCAAAAGAGAAAAAGAAAAGAAGAGUGCCAAGAAGGAGGAGAGACAGAAAUUAAGGGAGCAAGAGAAGGGACUAUUUUAUGAUAAAAGAAAGCGAGACAAAUAACGGACAAGGACGAUGGCCACCCCUUUGUUGUUGUUGUUGUUCGUUCUCACAGCUGUCGGAAUUGAUGCCUACCCAACAUGCUUUUCGACCGAGUCCCAACAAGGCCGAGUUCUUGUCAACAUCGUUAUUUCCCGAGUAUCAACGAUUUCUUUCCAACGCUGCUUCUAUAAGUGCUCCAAAGAACAAAACUGUUUCAGUUUUAACCUGAAUUUCAAACUCGGUGUUUGCGAACUAAACAACGCAACGCAUUUUUCGAGCCCGCAUAACAUGGUGCCAGCAGAUGGUGCAAUGUACAUGAUCUACCCCCAGCAUCGCCACGUCUGCAGCAACAGCUUGUGUGGUCACCAUGGGAACAGCACAUGCGUGAUGAAUGCCGGUGGUGUCAGUUAUAGCUGUCAAGAAAAAGGCGGCAACAGCUCGGCAGGCUGCAAAGCAGGCUGGGAUUGGCAUGACGGACUCUGUUACAAAUGUCACUGCAAAAGCUCUAGCAUGGCAACGUGGUCUCGAGCUCAACAAACGUGCGAAUCCGAGGGUGGGAACCUCGUCUCCAUUCACGACAGCACACAAAACCUUCUUGUUAGAAAGAUCAAGCCAGACUAUAAACUGAUGUGGAUUAGGCUUAACGAUAGAGAUGCGGAGGGACAAUACAAAUGGUCCGAUGGUAGCGAGGUUGGUUUUACUCCUUGGGACUUUGGUGAGCCUGUUAAUGUGACCGGGUUAGAGGACUGCGCUGUUCAGCGUUACAGCGAAUUUGUAAUGAUGCCCUGCACGGAUCUCCAAAGAUUCCUCUGUGUUUAUAAGCCGUGAAUCUCUCGAUGAUUAGAAGAAUAGAAACAUCUUCUGACGACGGCGUACACGUUAGAUUCAUCCGCAAACAAAAAAUAUGUGGCGCGCGCAGAGAUUAGUGUUACAGGACGUGUUGUCGUAUUGUUUAGGUUAUAGUUACUGUCGUCUAGUAUUUCAUGUUCCUAUGAAAAACGGAAGUUAUAAAGUUUUGUUUAUCUUUUAAGGAUUAUUUAGAUUUUGUUUGCAAUUGCUGGUUUCCUUAGUCUAGAUUUUAGCACGCCCGUGGACCCUCCUGUUCGAUGACCUUUUGGUACGUCUAAAUCCAGGGAGUUUCCAGUUUCUUGUACGUGGCAGAAUCGUGGUUACUUCUUUUCGUUUCAGACAUUUAUUUGGCAAGUUAAACUCUUGAAUGUUCUUUGAAACCACAUGCCAUCUUCACCCCUUGGUUUAAACAUCAUAUAUUUUAUCAUUAUUUCAUUUGAAGGAAAAAGUUGUAGUCACGCGCUCUUUGAGCAUGCGCAGUUAAGUUUUAAAAGUUGCUUAAUCAUUAGUGUUAUCUUACAGUUACCUUGAUUUUAUUAAUUUUUUUGUAAAUAUACAGGGACGAGAGACCAACUUUAACCGAAUGUAUCCAAUUCUCCCCGUUCUCUCUUGAAUUGUUUUACAUUUAUUUCCUUUCAUGUGGGACCACCACAUGGAUUGCUGUCUGA